AUGUGCUUGGUGCAACAAACUCUCCCCGGCAAGGAGAGAGCUGCACCCUUUUUUAAUUUGCUCUUGUUUGGUUCGUGUACGCGCCUUGCCUUUUCUCCGAAUCAACAAGAAGAAUUGGCGAGCAGCUCUAUCAUUUGCUUUUUCACGGAUUAUGGAAACUUUGUGUUCUUCAUGAUUGACGUCAUACAUCUUGGGCAGUAUUUACAGGUCACUUUGAGGACUGCUGUCGAUUGA